UUUUGAAACCUUGGGCAAUUGUGCAAAAAAUUCCAGUACAUAUUAUUUUUCCUGUACUUCCAGUAUACUAGUGAACUUGAGGAUGUGAUCUCUCCAGCAUAGGAAUAAGUUGAUGCUGACCCCAGUUGACAUUUCAAAAGUGGAGUGUUUACACCUGAAAAACAUUCACACUGAUGCUGACUCCUGUUGACAGCUUAAAAAACAGGAUAGGGCUCACCUGAAAACCUAUUUGCACUUACUUGGAAAUGGGAAAAACAAGAUAUAUUGGCAUAGCUUGACAAUCAUAGAAACAAGACAUGUAUACACUUUGAAAAAAUCCCAUGAACUCCACUUGUUGUUUUUUUUGUAGCAAUCAGACAUCAGUAUUUUUUGUAAUAGGAAUCAAAUGUGCUAUGCUACAGAUUACUUAAAAGGAAACAGGUCCUGCUCAGGUUUCAAGCAUCAUUAAGAAUUUUUCAAAAUGGAUACAAAGGAUGAUUUGAAACAAUCAUUAAAUGAACCAAUUAUCAAAAAGGAAAUAAUUGAUUCUUUUGAUGAAAUUGGAAGCGAAACUCACAAUGUCACAGUGCAUCAACGAAUUGAUGAUAAUGAUGUUAAAGUAGAAUUAGACUGUUUGGGUGAUACACAAGAGACCAAAAUGAUUGAUGAAGUCAGUCACAAUGUCACAGUGUAUCAUAAAGUCAGUGAUAAUGAUCUAAAAGCAGAAUUAGACUGUAUGGGUGAUAAAACACGAGAUACCAAUAUGAUUGAUGAUUCCAAAUUUGUUGUUAAAGAAGAGUUGGAUUCUGAAGCUGAUGAUAUACAUGUAAGAGAAGAAAUCACUUAUGAGAAACUUGAAGUGAACGACAUUGAAUUAGAUGGUACUGAAGCAAAGUAUGACAGUCCUCAAACUAAUAUAUCUGUACAGAAUAGAUUCAGUGAGUGUGAUGUCAACUACGUAAAAGGAUAUGUUGAACCAGAUUUGGGAUAUGAAGUCAAUGAUACUAUCUAUGCUGCCACCUUAAAAUGUGAAAGUUUCGACCAAUGUUUCUCAAAACAAUCAGCUUUGAAAAGUCAGACAAGAACUCAUACUAGAGAGAAACCAUACGAAUGUGAACAUUGUGAGAAAUGUUUCUCACGACAUUGGACUUUAAACACACAUAUAAUGACUCAUACAGGAGAGAAACCAUUUAAAUGUAAACAUUGUGAGAAAUGUUUCUCAAGAAAUUCAACCUUAAAAACACAUAUAAUGACUCAUACAGGAGAGAAACCAUUCCAAUGUAAACGUUGUGGUAAAUGUUUCUUACAAAAAGGAAAUUUGAAAGAGCAUUAUAGGAUUCAUACCGGAGAGAAACCAUUCAAAUGUGAACAUUGUGAGAAAUGUUUCUCGAAGCAAUCAUCUUUAAAAACUCAUAAAGUGACCCAUGCAGGAGAAAGACCGUUCAAAUGUGAACAUUG